GUGACAGCCACACCCGUGAUCGCAUCCGACGCGCCGCAGUUCACCAACGAUGCCGCCUUUACAUCUGCCGUGCUGAACAGCACCAAUUAUAUCCGACAAGAGUUCGAUGCCAACUCUGUCUCGUGGAACCAGACGCUCGCAGACUUCGCAGCGUCGUACCUGUUGUCGAUGGGAUCAGUGUCCCCCAGCAGUGGUUCCGAGUGCAAUUUCUCUCAUUCAGGUGGACCUUAUGGUGAGAAUUUGGCAAUCGGUUGUGACGAUGUGACAGGGUGUGUUGAUUUAUGGGCCGAUGAGGUGAAGGAGUACAAUUACAACAAGCCAGGCUUCAGUGAGCAGACGGGUCACUUCACUCAACUAGUCUGGAAGAACAGCACGACGGUGGGAUGUGGAAGUCGUCUCUGCGGCACCAGAGGCUGGUUCCUCGUCUGCGAAUACUGGCCGCGUGGGAAUGUAGCCGGACAGUACAGUUCGGAGGUCGGCCGGCAGGUCAACGGG